CUGCUGGCGAUGGAACAGGCCAGGAUUUACACGCGGGAUCCCUUCGUCAUCACGUCUAUGAAGCCCCGCCGUCUGCCGCAUUUCUUGGCUCUUGUGACCCCUUUCACAGGCACAGUGUGGUUAAUCUUGGCAAUAUCCAUUUUCUUGACGGGCGUGUCUCUCUUCGUCUUACUGCGGGCGUGGUCACACCUGUCAGGAAAACCCGUCUUCAGUCUGAGCACCACGCUCUUCUUCACGUGGGAACGGUGCUGGAAGACCGCCCACCGCCCCGCCCCAGAGCUCAACUGGCAGGGUAUGAAUUGGUGGUUGGUGAUUUGCCUGGCCAUACUAAGUGUGGUUGCGGGUUCUGGCUACCGCUCCUCCCUGGUCGCGCACUUGACUGUUCAGCUCAGGGAAGCCGAGGUCAACACAUUCCACGACCUGACUGAACGCAAGGGCUGGCGGUGGGGGCAGCGGAGCUUCUCCUGGGGGCUUCGAGGUCGUACUUCGAGCUCAGCACGGACCCUGUUUAUCCAAGAAGUAUUCCGCGGAUGGAGGUAUUAG